AUGAAUCAGCCUAUGGAAGCUCACCACACCACCCAUCAGCCUAUGGAAGCCUACCACACCACCCAUCAGCCUAUGGAAGCCUACCACACCACCCAUCAGCCUAUGGAAGCCUACCACACCACCCAUCAGCCUAUGGAAGCCUACCACACCACCCAUCAGCCUAUGGAAGCCUACCACACCACCCAUCAGCCUAUGGAAGCCUACCACACCACCCAUCAGCCUAUGGAAGCCUACCACACCACCCAUCAGCCUUUGGAAGCCUACCACACCACCCAUCAGCCUAUGGAAACCUACCACACCACCCAUCAGCCUAUGGAAACCUACCACACCACCCAUCAGCCUUUGGAAGCCUACCACACCACCCAUCAGCCUUUGGAAGCCUACCACACCACCCAUCAGCCUUUGGAAGCCUACCACACCACCCAUCAGCCUUUGGAAGCCUACCACACCACCCAUCAGCCUUUGGAAGCCUACCACACCACCCAUCAGCCUUUGGAAGCCUACCACACCACCCAUCAGCCUUUGGAAGCCUACCACACCACCCAUCAGCCUUUGGAAGCCUACCACACCACCCAUCAGCCUUUGGAAGCCUACCACACCACCCAUCAGCCUUUGGAAGCCUACCACACCACCCAUCAGCCUUUGGAAGCCUACCACACCACCCAUCAGCCUUUGGAAGCCUACCACACCACCCAUCAGCCUUUGGAAGCCUACCACACCACCCAUCAGCCUUUGGAAACCUAUCACACCACUGCAGCCUUCAGUUGUUAUUUCUGGUUUAGCAGUCUUCUGGUUUAG